UAGUAGUAAAGGGAGAACGCCCCGAUCCCCUCUGGAUACGGCCCUGUUUCAUAAGUAUGACGGGGCAGAGCAGACGAAGGAGGCGUAAAGGCGCUGUAAUCUGGACCGCUGCUUCUUCCUCCCGCCUCCGGAACAUCCAUUCAACCACCCAAAGAAACCCUCCAUUUUUCUUGCUUACAUUGUUACAUCAUGUGAGAAAGAACCACUGAGGGUCUCUACAAGCUGUUGGUGCUUUAGUCCUUUGGGGGAACUUAGCCACAGACGAGCAGUAAUUUAACAGCAGUAAUUCAACGAGGAAUCUUAAAACUCUGCAGCGGCAGAUACGAUGAGCAGCGUCUGCCUUACUCUCCAAGUGCUGCUACUGUGCGGAUCUCUCGUGGCGCAGCAGCAGCUGCUGCCCGGGUCCUGCAACUUUGAGCUGGGCACCUGUGGCUACAUGUCAGACCCAGAGUAUGGCAGCUGGAGCAUGAAUGAAGAAGGGCAUUUGAUAACUGUGGACUCAGCCGUCUUACAUGACCAGGAGCAGGCAGUUCUUGUCAGUCCAGUCCUGGAUCAGCAGGACUGGAGUUGUGUGAGGCUGGUGUACCAAAUCACUGGACAAGGUUCCCUUCAUCUCCACCUCAGACCAGACAGUGAUAACUUUGACUACCAGCUCUGGACUGCCGACAAAGCCUCUGACAGCUGGCUCAUCGCUAGUGUGGACCUGCCUAACACCACCAUCCCCUACCAGAUUUUGCUGGAAGGUCGACCUAAAAAUGGCUCAGGGAACAGUGUGGCCAUCUUUGAAAUUCACAUUGUUCCAGGUUACUGCAUAGAGUGUAAUUUUGAGGAGCAUCACCUCUGUGGCUACAGUAACAGCUGGAACCCAAAUGUCAACUGGUAUGUUGGGGGAAGUGUGGCCAGAGAUCCUGAGACUAACCUGCUAGAAAAACACACCAUCAAUAACCAGAGAGGCCACUACAUGUAUGUGGACUCUGUGUAUGCCAAGCACUUCCAGGAAGUGGCCAAGCUGACCUCACCCUUAACCACGGUGCCCAUGGCUGGCUGCCUCUCCUUCUAUUACCAACGAGACCAGGAGAGGGGAAACAUCUUCUCACUUUUUACCAGAGACCAGCUGGGCCACUAUGAGGAGAUCUGGAGGCCAGAGAUGUACACUACUGCUGGCUGGACUCUGGUCAGCGUUGACGUCAAGGCCCCACACCCAGUGGAGGUUGUGUUUGAAGUGGCUUUUAACAGUGCCAGAGGUGGAUACGUGGCCAUAGAUGACAUCUCCUUUUCCCCUGAAUUCUGCCACACUGACACAGAGCCAACUUUUGAUCCCUCUGUAGCCAACUGUGAUUUUGAGAAUGGCCCGUGUUUGUACUACCAGGAGAGAGCAGAGUCUAAAGUGUGGACCAGAGCUUCGGUCAAGCCUAAUGCCUACAGGAUAGGAGACCAUACCACAGGAACAGGCUGUUUCCUCCUGGCAAACACUCGUUUCACUUCAAGGCCUGGUUAUGUGGGUCGGCUUCAUGGUCCCUUUUUACCUGGGAGCUACAAAUACUGCCUGAGGUUCUACUACAUGCUUCAUGGAUUUAGAAAAAUAGAAAAUGCGCUUGUUCUUUACAUUUAUGAUGAGAACAACGUGGCCCUGGAGAAGGUGUGGAGCCUGGCUGACACUCCCAGGGCUGUAUGGACUCAAGUGGAGAUCACCUACAUGAAGCCCAUGCUUACCAAGGUAGUGUUUGUCAGCAUUUGUAAGAAUUUCUGGGAAUGUGGUCUGGUAGCCAUCGAUGACAUCACUGUCAGUGUGGGGGACUGUCAAAUCACAGCAGGCUCCCUCCCAGGUCAAUGUAACUUUGAAAGUGGAGUCUGUGGCUAUAUCCAGGACAAGAAAGGAGACAAGGCUGGCUGGCUGCGAGUCAGAGGAUACACCCCCACCUCCUAUACAGGACCCAGAGGAGACCAUACCACAGGGGUGGGUUACUUCAUGUACAUCGAGGCGUCACUCAUGCGUCCUGGUCACAAAGCUCGCCUGCUGACCUCUGAUCUGCGAGGAUCCUCAUACCCUCAGUGUCUGAUAUUCUACUACCACAUGUAUGGUUCUGGCACUGGCAUACUGAGCGUGCUCCUGCAGCACGGCAGCAGAGAGCGGGUCACGCUGCUGUGGAGAAGGCGUGGUGAGCAAAGCAUCAGCUGGAUGAGGGCAAUGGUGGACUACCACUGUGAUGCCCGACACCAGAUAAUUUUUGAAGCCAUCCGGGGCCCAUCGCUACGAAGUGAUAUCGCUAUUGAUGACAUCUCUUUUAAAAGGGGGCCGUGUGAAGAUCCUGAUGACAUCACUCCAUACUCAGGCUUCUCAGAGUAUUUCAAUGAGAUUGAGAACUGAGACUGGAGGGAAGCCUUUCAGCAUAAAUGUUUGGAAGUUUUUCAGAGUUGGGCUGGGUGGCUUUCAGAAGAAUGAAUGUGAACAAUCCAUUAAGACAAUUUACAAACUUGUAGAGCAAUGCGUAUGUUGCAGCCAGGACCACCACCUCACUGUAUUGCUGUCUUUAUUUACUUCCCAGUCCAGUAAUUUCACUAUAUUUGCUGUAAUUCUUAACAUUUCUUUGAUCACAUUAGGCUUAAUGGAACUGUAUUACAUACAGGGGGUUGAUAGUGACUUCUUCUCCUGAUAACAUUAUCCAUUCUCUUCUCACAACAGUCACACCUCAUUCUCAUGACAUUCAGUUAGACAAUCACAAUCAGGUGUGAGGGCCUGUUGACACUAUGCACAAAAUAUCAUAUAAAUAUGUGUUUAUAAUAUGUGUUACUCACUUUUAUUUGAGGCUGUGCUGGUCAAAGUUAGCAAACCACAUCUAUAGCUACUAGCACAAGCUAAAACAAAUUAGUAUUAAUUAUUAAUAUAGUACUAAUAGCUGUUAAUAGCUGUUUUUUCAAUCCACAACAGUGAGUCCUUUUCUAUCUCUAUGGAAACUAAUCCUGAAAGUCGAGUCUGCCCAGUCGUAUUUCUCACAUAAGUUUGAAUUCACUUUAGGGCUGAGAAUGUCCCCUCGACAGAAGCAGUUUUUUAAUUUGUCUACAAAUAAUCAUCAGUUUCAGUGAGUAAAAUGUAUUUUACCUACAGUAUAUUUUAUUGUUUACGUCUUUGUCAUUUUCUGAGUUAAUAUUGAUGCUUCUGCUAGAGAUGAUGUCUGUGGAGCAGCUGUGGCUGCAGUGUUUGGAGACCAUUGUGUUAACUGGGUCUUUAUAGCAUUGCUUUAGUUAUGGCAUUAUUGACAUAUUGUUGAUGGUUUCUAUAGCUGUGACAUCAUAAUGAUGGUAUUAAGAGGUGGGUUAAUAGGACACCAGCGAAGGCUUAGGUGUGAAAUGCAUGGCCCGCCACUGGCACGUGCAUGUGCACCCUCAGUAGCUUGAAUAAGAACAAACAAAAGGGAGAAUCAACUAUAAAAAAAAAUCACUCCAUAGCAAACUCCACAGGGAACCUUUUAAAGUCAAGGGGUUUUUGUUUGUUUUUUUAAGAUUUGACAAAGUUCCCUCCAGAAAAUCUUCUGUUUUUGGAGGUUAGUAGUGCUUCCAGUGACAAUCAAAUUGUCUUUGACAUGUAAAAUCAGUAGAGUGUCUCUUAAAAUCUCACCUGUAUGUAAAUGGGUGCCCAGGGGUGAAGUCAGAGAAGUCAGUGAAGACUUCAAAAAUCACUCAGGUACAGAAAGUUGAGCGCUUUAGCUUGACUUUGUAUUAAAUCAUAUAGCUGAAAUGUACUAUACUUUGUCAAGAACUCCAAUGAGACCAAAAACAAUAUAUUAAUUCCUCUCUCAUUUCUUUAUGACUUCCCUGCUCAGAAAAAUAUAGAAUAUUGCCAUGUUUAUCCUGUAAGGUAAACAUAAUUUUCUUUCUUGAAUGAUUGAAUUGAAUGUUUAAUAUCUGACUCCACCCCAAAGAAGGAAAGGUGAAACUGACUUGAAAAUCAGGUAAUCAACUUUUUAGCUCAGUGAGCUAAUGGCUAAGGAUAUUUGGACUUAAAGACUCAGAACUGAGAAACUGCUUUUGUCUGCUGCCAUGUUGUCACGCAGUAACACCACAAAAACAUAAAGAAUAGGCAAUACACCUUGCUUUUGCAAACGAAGGUUAAGCCAUACCCCUGCACUGUCUUUGUAGCCUGUAAUUGUCAGAAAAUAUUGGAUUUUCAUUUAGAGAAGGUCUUGUAGGCUUAAUAAACCUUUAUAAUAAUAAUCCUUGGAUUUGGGCUUCCACUAUUGAAUUCUUGUUUAAUGUCUAUUCUUUAUAUGUCUGUUUAAGUAUCAGGUGUUGUUUCUUACAUAUCUCAUUUCAGAUAUAACUUGUUAUGCAGAUGAUUUUUUCCAUUAGAAUUCACUCAAGCUUUCGUUUGUGUUAUUUCCACUGUGACAAAGGAUUUGAGUCCAGCUUCAGACUUAUGUCACAAUUUAGGCACUUAUAGAUAUUGAUCGCUAUCUUUUCAAGGCAUGGAUCCAGUAAGGUGCUGGGAACCUUCCAUAGGGGUUUGAUCCAUGCUGUCUUAUUAGCAUCACAAGGUUCCUGCAGAAGUUUUAAAUCUAUGCAAACAUCCGAGUGCUGUGCUGUGCAUUUAGAUGUCCUUAUCACUGUUGGGCUGUUAUUGUAAAAUUGUCUUCCUGUUGCCCGACAACAGACUAAAUUUCCAUUUUGAUUCAGUCCUUGAGAAAGUUAGAGGUAUGGAACAAUGCUGAUUUUGAUUUUGAUUCUGUUUGCUUCUCUACUGACCUCUAGACUCUGAAUUACUUAUUACUUUAUCUUGUUUAUAUACCAUAGACACUGUCAUGUACCUGUCAUGAUGACUGUGUCUGAGAUCCUGUAAAUAGUAAAAAAUAUAGAUCACACUUUUGCCUCAUCAUUUAUCAGUUUGCCAUGUAUCAUUAACCAGUGCUUCCACCACACCACAAAAACUGCUCAGAAAUAUCUCUAGGAACAUGACAAAGAGCCCAAGGUGUUGACCCAGAUCCCAAUUGAAUCCAGUAUCCGUGGGAUGGGUUGGAACAGAUCAGAUCCAUAGAGGCCCCAUCCUACAACCCACAGGACUCAAGGAUCUGCUGCUGAUCCCAGUGCCAGACACCACAGGAUGCCCCCACAGGUCCCAUGUCCAUGCCCCAGUGGGUCAGAGCUGUUUUGGCAACAAAAGGGGGACCUACACAAUAUUAGGCAGGUCCCACAGAUACUGGAUGGGUCCUUUGUCAUGUUCCUUGAGACAUUUCUGAGCAUCCUGCCUGGGGAGGCCCCUGCUAGUGGGAAGUGCUGUUGCCAUGAGAGGUUGUGCUUAGCCUGCAACAAUGUUUAGAUGGAUGGUACGUGUCAACAUAACAUGAUCUGUAUAUUAUUUGAGAAUCAACUAUCGGCUUAUUUAAAAUUUGUUUGACAUCUUUAUCAUCAUCUACUAUGAAAAUAAGACCCAGGUUGUAAUAAACUGGAAUUGCCAAACAAUAAGUGACCUCUGACCUCUUGACCCUGAUACACACAAGUAUGUGUACCAAGCAAUUUUGUCACUAACAUUAAAGCCUACAUUGAACCUAAGAA